GUGCUACUUCCGGUCAGCUGACUGAUCACGUGAUACGGUCUAGCUAAGAUGGCGUCCUCCGUGUAGCUGCAGCGAUAGUGUAGCCAUGGGGUUGUCGGUGUACAGUGUGUGGUUAUUAGUGUGUGUGAGUGUGUGGUGUGUGUGUGUGAGGUGUGAGGAUAAACCUGCUCAGGACUGCGGCUGUAACACACUCCACAGACACCGAGCUGAGGAAGAAGAGGAUGAGGAAGGACGAGGAAAUGUUCAACAUCCGGCUCAUAAAUAUUCCGAAAGAGCGAAUAAAGAGUUUGUGAAUAAAGAGGACAUUCUUAGCAAGAUGGUGCUGCUGCAGGGAGGUUGGUUCCUGAUGGGAACAGAUGAUCCUGGUAUCCCUCAGGAUGGAGAAGGUCCUCAGAGGCGCGUUUGGCUCGAUCCGUUUUACAUCGAAGAGCACGAGGUCACGAACCUGCAGUUCCAGCUUUUUACUAACAUCACGCACCAUGUUACAGAGGCAGAGCGCUUUGGAGACUCGUUUGUGUUUGAGGGAUUGCUGAGUGAAGAAGUGAAGAGCACUUUGUCUCAUGCGGUUGCUGCUGCCCCCUGGUGGGCACCGGUGAAAGGAGCAGACUGGAGACAUCCAGAGGGUCCUGAUUCAUCUAUAGCACACAGGAUGGACCACCCGGUGCUGCACGUGUCCUGGGCGGACGCUCAGGUGUACUGUGAGUGGGCGGGGCGCAGGUUACCCACCGAGGCUGAGUGGGAGUUCGCCUGCAGAGGAGGACUUCAGGACAGGUUGUACCCGUGGGGGAAUAAACUGAUGCCCAGAGGGCAGCACUACGCUAACCUGUUUCAGGGAGAGUUCCCCAGUCACAACACGGCUGAGGACGGAUUCGCUCAGACGUCGCCGGUAAAGAAGUUUCCUGCGAAUGCUUUCGGUCUCUAUGACAUGGUGGGAAACGCGUGGGAAUGGACAGCAGACUGGUGGAGCGUCCAUCACACCCGAGACAACACACACAACCCGAAAGGACCGGAAACAGGAAGUGACCGAGUGAAGAAGGGAGGAUCCUACAUGUGUCACAAGUCGUACUGUUACAGGUACAGGUGUGCUGCUCGUAGUCAGAACACUCCUGACAGCUCAGCGUCUAAUCUCGGCUUCCGCUGUGCAGCUGAUUCCACACCGUGACCUCUGACCUCUGACCUCUUCUAGACUCUGCCUUAUUGUUAACCACACACUCACAUUUUAAUUCACUGAAUGAACUGUAUACUGCUGUACAGAUGGAUGUUUUUAUAUAAAUAAACUAUUUUAAAUAUG